CUUUGAAGUAAUCUUCCUUUGUUUGACCCUCACUGCAAUGCUCUAGCCUGUUUUUCUAGGAGAAUUUGUAGCUAUGCAGGUUCCAAAAUAUUUGAUGUAAGAGGAAGUAAUUUUUUCUGGUGCAGUUUUUUUUACCACAGAGCAAUCAAGAUAAAAUGCAACUCUGGGAAAGGCGACCCUGGUCCAGUAGUAAAAUGAACACAGUUAAAAGUACUUUGCAGUACACAUCUUAAUUUCCCAUGUAUAUCUGAAGUCAUAGUACUGAUAAUAAGACUUUUCCCUGUGGUUUGGGUAUCAAGGUGUUUUAUGUUCCAUAUUUCUGUUGUAUGUUAAAAGUGUUUCUAAUAAUCAUAAAGAAUAUGUUGCUCUUUAUAAAAUACUUCUACCGUUUGAUCAUUUUUCUGGUUUCCAUUUAGAAAGAAUACAUGACACAACAUAAAAAUGGAUCAGAAGAACAUACGUAGUAACCAAGAUAAUCAAUGUUUGCCAAGGAUGACCCUUUUAAAUUGACACUUUCAGUUUUAUUCAUGAGUUCUGAGAGUUGUCAGGCCUGCAGUUUGUAUAAAGUUGGUUUUGGUAACAGUUUUCUGGAACAUCCCUCUUUUGCUAUUCAAAAUGGGAAACAGACAUGACCAGUGGAGCUGUAUUUACGCAUUUGUAGAUGUUUGGUCAUCUAACAGAACAGAAAAUUACUCAAAAACCUUUGAACAGCAACUUCUUGAUAUGGGAGCAAAAGUUUCAAAAACUUUGAACAAGCAUGUGACCCAUGUAGUCUUCAAGGAUGGACAUUUGGCUACAUGGAGAAAGGCACAGAAGAUGGGUGUAAAAAUAGUUUCUGUACUUUGGGUGGAAAAGUGUCGAGAAACUGGAGUACAUGUUGAUGAAUCCUUAUUUCCUGCAGUAGACACUAAUGAAGGAUUGCCACUACUGAGCAAAAAACACAAAUGUAUGCAGCCAAAAGACUUUGUUGAAAAAACUCCAGAAAAUGAUAGAAAGCUGCAGAGAAGACUGGACCAGAUGGCUAAAGAAUUAGCUAUACAAAAGAUAGCAAUUAAUGCUGAAACUGAUGUACCAGUUUUACUAUUUGAAGACAAUGGUUCACUUGUAUUCAGCCCUGUUAAAAAAGAUCAGUGCAGUGUAAUGGAAAGAAGAAUAAGGGAGACAAAGGAAAAAAGAGAUCUUUCUCCUACUGCUUCGCAAAUGUCUCUACCUCCAAGUAGCUCACCAAGAGACUCCCUGCUGUCUAAUUGUGUCUUAACUAAUCCAGAAGAUGCAUUGUUAUCAGGAGAGCAAAUGGAAGACUGCUUGAACUCAAGUUACUAUCUUUGUGGAACUGAUAAAUUAAAGAGAGAGAAAACAGACAUAGACAAACACACCUGUGAUACUUGGACUGACCUGCAUGUAUCCAGGAGUGCAUCAGUGAAUUCCCCCUCACAUAGCUAUGAGCAGAAGAACUUAACACCAGAACAGCAUAGCAGAAGCUUAACAAGGAAACAGGUUUUGCUUCACACUUUGGGUGAUAAAUUGUCUUUAGAAAGGAAAGAUCUAAAAAAGUUUCCAAAGAAAAAUCAGAAGGAUAAGAAUAGCACAACUACUUCAGUUGCAAACAAAAGGUCUCUUCUCCACAUCAAGGGCUCAGGUCAUACUACUUAUUCAAAAAAAAUAGUCAAGUUAAAUACUGUUCCUCCUUUCAUUUGCAGUCUCAAUAGUUCACCUACGAACAGUGAAGACUUAAAUACAUGUUCUUUGGAUAGAAGCUUCCCUGCUGACAGAAAGGAUUGUAUUCUUGACAAGAAGAGAAAGAAAGGACCAACACUAUCUAGUUUGAAACUGGCUGCCUCAGAACUGGGUGCAUCAGGGUCUGAAGAGUUCUUGCAGGCAAUUACUACAUAUAACAAGUCUUUUUGCACUGAAGAGUCUUCUUAUGAAGACUUCUUUUCAUCAUCUGAUUUGAAUGAAAAUAAAGUACAGAUACAAGUACCAAAGGAAUUGCAGAGUUCUCCUGAAGCUUGUUGCAAAGACUUUUUUACAAGCAUGGACUUACUUAAUGUAAGCUUCUCUAUGCCACAUACUAAUUCCAAAAAAAGUAGGAAAAAGUCUUUUCCAGCAAUUGAUGUUUCAGUAGAGAAAAACUUCAAACCAGCUGAACAUCCCAGAAGUGUGCCAUUAAAUUAUAUGUCAGAUGGUGAAAAAGCUGACACUGCAGAAUCUCUUGAAUCUGAUGAUGUGAAUAGGCUGCCUCAGCAGGCUCAUGAAAAAUCCUGCAGAACCAGUGUGAAUUACUGUACUCACACUACUGGUGAUGAAAAUGAAAUUUCAGUGUGUCAUGUUACUGAUGGAUCUUGCAAAGUUUUUAAUAAAUAAAAGGAUAAGCAUGAUGGGGGCUUAAAAGAAGACUUCAAAAGCCAGAAAUCAACAAGGACACUGGUUAUGACAAGUAUUUCCUCCAAGAAGCAAAAUACAGUAAUUCAGGUGGUGAAUAAACUUGGAGACUUUUUCUCAGAUGAUAUAUGCGAAACAACAAGUCAUGUAGUUACAGGUACUCGUCGUACCUUGAAUGUUGUGCUGGGAAUUGCUCGUGGGUGUUGAAUUGUUUCUUAUGAGUGGGUUCUGUGGUCUUUGGAACUGGGCCAUUGGAUCUCAGAGGAACCAUAUGAGCUUUCAUCCAGCUUCCCUGCAGCUCCUAUCUGCAGAGUUCAGCGUCACCUAUCAACAAGAAAAUACCAACAGAAUCUCUUUUCAAAUCAGCCUGUCAUGUUUGUAUCUCCUACCAGUUAGCCACCCUGCAAAAAGCUAAUUGAACUUACACAGUUGUCAGGAGGGAAGAUAUGUAAAGCUUUACAUGAGGCAAAAAUCUGUACAGGAAAAAAAAAAAAAAAGACAGGAAAGAAGUACCAGGAAAUAAAGUGUUUAUCAGAAAAAUAAGUAUUAGAUUCAGUCAGUCAGCAUAAAAUAUGUCCCAUGGAAAACUACAUAUUUCAGCUGUGAGCUAACUCAAGAGCUUCCAUAUGGUUGUAAGGAAACAAGUGUAGUUUGGAUUCAACAAAAAACUAAGCUGUGAAUAAAAUUUCUAAGAAAAUGCAAGUUACAUAUUUAUAAAUACAGGGAAAUGUUUCUACAUUUUUAUUACUUGUCUAAGUGUU